UCACUUCCUUUUGACAACAUGGUGGCAUCUGUUGCUCGGCAACGAACGACUGCUUCCUUUAAUCUUUGAGCCUGCCGCUAACGUGCCCCCCAAUCCCCCCACACCCUCAAAUGUUGCUUUGCGCUGUAGAGCCCCGGAGCACUUUGGCCCGCGUGCUCUCGUACUUUUGUUUUGUCGGGGUGUCUUGUAACUGUUUCACAUGUCAGAUGUGAUGGCCAACGCGCACCGGAACAACGCGCUGGUGACGUCGUGUCUUCAGCGGCCGGUGGACCCGCACACCAGGGCGCCGCUGGCCUCCUACGAGCGGGACGAAGGACCGCUCAACUCGGAGCCGACUCACCCGGACAACCGCGGCGGCUACCGCGAGGACGAGGUGGCGCGCGGAAACUGCGGCGACGAGGAGGGCGGGGCCCGGGCUGCGCCCGGCGAGCGCGCGGACCCGCGCCGCGUCUUCGUCUCCAAUGAGGAGUACUACGGCAAGUUGGAGGAGCUGAAAAAGGCUCACCUGCGCACCAUGGCCGAGCUGGAGAGCAUGUACCGCUGCAAGCUGCGACUGCGGGCUUCGGCCGAGCCGCGCCGGCAACGCGGCGGCGGCGACGGGUCGCGGCGUCUGAGGAAGUCUCGCUCGGCCGCCGAGCUGCAGAGAGGUUCCGGCACGUCCGACGAGGCGGAGGAAGGCCCGCCGUUCUCCCCCAAAGAAUUGAUCAAGAACAUGUGGGCCGACUUUGCACCGUCGCCCCGCGCCCGCCGCCUGUCGGCGUCAUCGCUGCCGGGAGAGCAUGACGGCUCGCGGCCCCGCCCCGCCGCGACGGUCCCCGAGCCCUUUGGGAUGACGCUGCGCCAGGCGGAGCGGCGGCGGCGCGGCCUCAAGACGCGCGCCGAGGUGGAGCUGGAGAACGCCCAGCUGAGACGGCGGCUCCAGGAGAUGUCAGAGUGCCACCACCAGUUCCGCGCCAGCCCCGUGCCGGCGCACGUCCGCCUGCCGCUUGACAAGGAGCUGCGGCAGGAGCGACGCGGCGGCGGCGGCACGCGCCAAGACCGCCACCUCAACACAAAGCCUUUCAGCUUCCUGGAGAGGGAGCGCCUGAAGAAGGAGCAGCGGCAGCAGCCGCCAACGCCCAGCGAGCCGGAGCAGGUGAAGCCUUUCAAGGCCAAGCCGGUGCCCAGGUGGGCGUACGCGUCGGCAGCAGGCGAGCUGAGGAAAGAGCGGCGGCUGUACCGCUCUAUCAAGAAGCGGACGAGAGCCCGGGAGAUGCCGCGCGGCGCCUCACCCCCUCCCGGCGCGCUCAGCAAACGACUGGCGGAGAGCGAGGAGCGUGACCGGCGGCUCCGCGGCUUCAGCCGCCGCCCGAGCAUCGACGUGCCCGACUUUGAGGCCGCUUUCAAGCGCUUCCGCAAGCACCUGGAGGAGACCGCCGAGGUGAAGCCCACCACCACGUGCCGGCCCUUCCGGCUGAGCGUGGCCCGCAUCGCCAAGGGGGCCCACCCCGGGCCAGAGGAGCCGAAGGAACGCGGCGGACCGGACGUCGGGCGCCGCGGCGCGCGCCGCUCGGGCCUCCGCUCGUCCCCAUCGGGGAGCGCGGAGCUCCUUCCCGCCAAGGACACGGACGCCACCAAGAAACGACAGGAGGCCGUGAGGCAGGCUCUGGAGCGCCGGAACAGAGCCGAGCAGGAGGCGGCGCGCUGGACGCAGAGGCAGAAGGAGCGCGAGAGGAAGCUGCAGAAGCUGGUGCAAAAGCGGGCCAGCGCCAAUGACCCGCGCCUGCGGCUCGACGGCGACAAACUGCAGGAGUUCAGGAAGCAAGAGCGCCAGCGCAGGAGGGAAUAUCAGCAGGAGAUCAAAGAGAUGGAGGAACGCGUGAAAGGCAGGCCACUGCUGCUGGAACAGGUUGCCCAGAAGAACGCCAAGCAGGCGGCAGAGAAGCGUUUUGCCGACACGUUGCGCCGAGCCCACCUGAGCGAGGACUUCCUCCGUGGGAAGGUGCCACGCACCACGGCCGAUGCCACACGAUGGCGGCGUUGCACCGCUUCGGAAGACCGGACGUCUCGUCGCUCUUCUCUCGUUUCGGCCAGCGAGUUUUCGGAGGCGGAGGAUGCCGCCCCGUCGCCCACCCGCUAUCGGAACGUCUUCCAGGACGACCGAGACCAAAAAGAACGCGGCGAGGCUUUAGGUGACGCCGGCGAGGACGCCGCCGCUCGCCACUCGGACGACGACCACGAUGCCGGCGCAGAGGAGGCUGAGCACGGGAAGAGGCAGAACGUCGACGACGACGACGACGACGAGGGACUGGCUCAGCACUCAAAGAGGAUCACCCAUUAAGCCUGACGUGACCACGACAAAAUCCCGCGCCAUCAAGUCGGCAUGUUGUCAGCCCUCACCCGGCUGAUGGAAAAUUGACAUCCGCAGAGUCGAAAGUUGCCCUUAAUUGCAUGCAAUUUGAAGCUUAUUGUCAAAUAUGCUCUAUGACAGGGGUGGCCAAAGAGCCGCGGUUCAAUGCGGCUCCCGGGCUUUCACGCGACAACCGUCGACAACGCGACGGCAGUGGCGAUGACAUUCAAACCAGAAGCUAAAUACACGGACCGUACUCUGUCAGCCUAUCGUCAAGCCCGUUACUUGAUUGACAUAGAGGGCAACCAAUCAGAUGACCGCGUCUCCGCUCAUGCGGCAAACAACGGCGCUAAGCGCUAAACUCUUGAGCGAAUUAGCUCUGAUUUGAAGGCGGGGGUGCCCAAUGCGUCGAUCGCAAUCGACCGGGAGCCGGCGAACUGGUCCCAAAUCGACCGCAAGCAGUGGGAGGAGGAAAUGGGGCGCGGGGGGGGGGGGGGGGGCAGAUUUAUUUGUUUCUAUAGCUUUCGUUCAUUUUCGGCCCGUUCCGACUGUUGCGCGUCGCGUCAUGCGUGCAUAUUAUGUGCGCGAGUGCACGGGUUGGCACCCGCAUGUGUGCAAGCGUGCGAGCGCGAGGAAAGGGCACGAUGUGGCUCUUUGCAGCGGCACAGUAAAAAAAUGUUUUGAUUUGACUUUUUAUUAGGUCUCCCUUAGGAGAAACCUGUCUCGGAGGACAGUCCCUCAUGUGUCUCUUAUGGGAGAUCCGCACUUUUGUUUGCGGGACGUCGCGGGUGUGAAAAAAUUGAUACGGGCUGGAUCAAAGUGAACCUUGUUCACACAAGAAAUUGGUUUCGAUUUAUUUUGUUUUGAAACAUUUGAAUACUGUUCACUUACAGCUGUCUCUAACAAAAUAAAUUUGAAUUUGCCUGACAUCAAACGGUGUUUCUGGACUUAUUUUUAAGAUUUCGAGAUUGUUCUGAUAUCUUACUAAAUUGAACAUUUUAAAUUCGUAACAGAG